AUGAUGAGGCCGGCGAUAUCCCUACGGCAAUGGACAAGGCUCCGCCAGUCUUUAUCUCUCUCCAGCGCAGCACCAAACUUGCAUGCCAUCCUCCUCACGCCAUCCGCAAACCCUCUCGCUCUCCAAAAGCAAAAUCCCGGCUCUAAACGAACAUUCCACAACACUCGAGCCCAACAUGCGGCGCGCAAAGCGCCAAUGUCACCAGCAGCAAGGGCAAAACGAAGAGAUACGACCAUCCAAAGUUACGACAUGCCGGAGCUAAUGGGCCGAUCUGGGUCUAAGGUCAUGAAUAGAGAUGGAUUCUUCAUGGCCUGUUUAGGAGACGCAUUGGACCCGGAUGUCCAUGACGCAUGGUACAAGCGGCACUUUGACUCGAUUCCGUUCGAGUUUGAUAAAGCAAUUGAAGACGGAUUUAUCCCUAAGGCGAUCAGCUUCAAGACUUUCAAAACCGUGAAAACGAAACUUAUGGAUGCGGCAUUAUCAGCUCGGCCUAAUGCACAGGCUAUUCGGGCGAUCUCUGUCGCGUGUGCGAUGGCAAAGGCGCGCAUCCCCUUGAUUCUCGUCACGAAGAGAGCCAUGGAGUUCUCUAAAGUUCCUUCGCGCACUGAAUGGACUACCGAGAUUGAGAAGCUCGCCGUUCAGGGAUAUCCUCCCGCUUUGGUGCUGCAUGCAAAAAUGCUUGGUCUGCGCGGGGAACACAAGGACGCUAUCGACCUGCUCGAGCAGGAGGUGUUGCCGUUCAUUACUCCUACGCAGCAAUUACCCAAGUUCUUCGACGACAUUAUGCUUAUGGGACAGCUUGAGUCACCGUGGCGGUUAUACGCGCUGUUUUUGGCGCGAUACGACGCCAUUCACAAUGAUCCAGAGGCUCGCAGAAAAUCCGACGAGGCGAUUAAAACGGCAGCAAUAGAGUACCAUGAUCCCGAUGCCUUGUUGGAGUAUGCCUUCAUGAUGAUGAAUGAGAACAACCUGGACUCGUACGAGGAGGCCAUGUUGAAAUCUGCCACAUCUGGAAAUGGCAGUGCCUGCUUUUUCCUCGCCAACUUCUACUAUCUUACCUAUCAUGGGAAAUACCCCACCCGCGGCGAGAGGGCGAAGCAAUAUGCCAGUGGACAGGCGGAACCUUCCAAGGAAAUGGCAAAGACGAAGUCAUCUGGCCCCGCUUCCACUUCCAAGAAACAAUCAUCGCAAUUGUGGACAUGGGUCACUUCAUUUUUCGGACAAUCCAUGAAGCGCGAAGAGUACCGAGCUCUUGCCCAAGAUUGGUACCAAGUUGCCUACCACCACGGCAAUAAAAGAGCCGCGUUCAUGUUGGGCUUGCUGUGCCGCGAGGAUGGCGAUCUCGCGGAUGGAUUCAACUACCUCACGGAUGCGGAUAUGGAGAACGACAAGUACUUUGCGGACCGGUUGUUGGAGUUGAAGGCGAACUGGCUUGAAAAGGACUACUCGCCGAAGGUUCCCAAGAGGAUGCUGGCUGUGCAGUAG